AUGAUUUUCAAAAAGUUUGUACAUGCGUUAACAUUUAUCUUUCUACUGGGGGCUGGGUUGCUCACCUUUUUCUUGAUUUUGUCGGGGGGACGUCCGGGAGGGACUUUGAAGAAUUUCUACUGGUUUGAGGGGAAUACGAGUGGGUUCAAUGAUGCACCAGAUGUCACUCGGUGGUACAAUUACCGUUGGUGUGGCUACAGUGAUGGACAGACGAGUGAUUGUUCUAGUACGGUGCCAGCGCAGGCGUUCUCACCACGUGACAAUUUUGGCCGCAGUGAUGAGAUGCCUAGUAGUUUCUUGAACAACAGGAACACGUACUAUUAUCUGUCACGUGUGGCAUGGGCGAUGUUGUUGAUCGGGUUGGUGUUCAUCGUGGGCGCCAUCAUUCCGGCGGUUGUUAUGAUUUUCAAGACUAUCACAGUGAUGGCUAUUUGGUCGACUGUGUCCACUUGGAUUGCGUUCUUCUUCAUUCUGCUGGCUGCGUGUCUCUACACCGGUUGCUAUGCCAAAGCCAAGAAUGCAUUCAGUGACUCGAACCGUUCUUCCAAGUUGGGGGCAAAGAAUUUCGCGUUUUUGUGGACGACAGUGUUUCUGUUGCUUGUAAACACCAUCUGGUCCACGAUUACAGUGGUCUUGCACGGUAUGAACAAGUUCCGUGACUACAAAGAAUCGGAUCAUUACGCUGGAGGCGCUGGUGGUUAUAACAACGCAAGCUCGAUGGACACCACGCACAACGACAAGUCUACAUAUGACAGUGACAAGCAUCAUUCGGACAGAACCUUCUUUACUCGUUUGAGAACAAAGAAGAAGAUGAUGCAAACUCAAGAACCCGGUGAACAGCCAGAAGAAGUUCAAUAUGUCACGCGUGACUUCGUCAGUCAACCGACAGGAAACAACAAUACACAGCAGACUACAGGCCAAGGAACUGGUCAACCAACUGCUGUCUAA